GGCUAUGUGGAGGCGCAAACAUGGCGGAGGAAAGUCGUGUUGACAGUGAGCUGAACGAGGGGCUGGCGCCCGCGGCCGAAGCACUGGUAGCGGCCCGGGAGCGGUGCAGACGCUUCUUAAGCGGCCUAGAGCUGGUGAAGCAGGGCGCCGAGGCGCGCGUGUUCCGCGGCCGCUUCCAGGGCCGCGCGGCCGUGGUGAAGUACCGCUUCCCCAAGGGCUACCGACACCCGGCGCUGGAGGCGCGGCUCGGCCGGCGACGGACGGUGCAGGAGGCCCGGGCGCUGCUCCGCUGUCGCCGCGCAGGAAUAUGUGCCCCGGUUGUCUUUUUUGUGGACCAUGCUUCCAACUGCUUAUUCAUGGAAGAAAUUGAAGACUCAGUGACUGUUCGAGAUUAUAUCGAAUCCACUAUGGAGACUGAAAAAUCUCCCCAAAGUCUCUUUGGCUUAGCCAAGGCAAUCGGACAGGUUUUGGCUCGAAUGCACGAUGAAGACGUCAUUCAUGGUGAUCUCACCACGUCCAACAUGCUCCUGAAACCUCCCCUGGAACAGCUGAACAUCGUGCUCAUAGACUUUGGGCUGAGUUUCAUUUCAGCACUUCCGGAAGAUAAGGGAGUUGACCUGUACGUGCUAGAGAAAGCCUUCCUUAGUACCCAUCCCAACACCGAGACUGUGUUUGAAGCCUUUCUGAAGAGCUACUCCGCUGCCUCCAAAAAGGCCAGGCCAGUGCUUAAAAAAUUAGAUGAGGUGCGCCUGAGAGGGAGAAAGAGGUCCAUGGUGGGGUAGAAGAAUUCUGUGACGACCACAGACGGUUAAGCUGUUCACAGUAACUUUGAAGGAAUGCUAUGAAUAUGAGAUUCGACCUAAAUAAAGGUGGUGGGAUAUUUUUAGGUGCCGUCUGUGAUCAUGCUUCUUAGGCAUUAUCAUCUGCGGUUGACUGUUCUCAAGAGCUUCCUCUGUACAUAAGACAUGUCUGGCAGAACUGGGCAUUCAGAACAAAUCUCAGGCUUUCUCUGCAA